GCAAUGCAACACACCCAGAGAACAUGCCACUCCUAUGGAACCACAGGUUUAAUCGAGCUAGAGCACGACGGACAGGCGAGGAAGGAGUCAAGAUGUGCGACGGCCACUGGAGUACUCGUAGACGCUUGAUCGCCACCUGGUCUUGUACACUGCUAACGCUCGAUGAUUCGAGGAGAGGCAGGAGCCUCAAGAAAUCCCGUUCGUCGCCAGAUGUACUGGGUGCUGAGUUCGAAGAGAAGAUGCGUGCAACUCCAAGCGUGACGAUUGAUGGAAGCAGAGGAAGAGUUUGAGAUGAAUGAUGUUAGCAUCAGCACAUCCGUACUCCUCGACUCAGGUCGUAAGCAACAAGACUUUGCCCUUGCAACCAGAAGGAUUUACAUCUGCGACCCCGGAGUGGACUAGGGUAGAUUGUCAAGGGAUGUCAGCAAGUCUUCCCUGCUGUUUCAGCAUAGGAGAUAGACCAAUGCCAAGCCAACUGGGAACAUACUACAUAUCCGGACGUGUAUACCAUUGCCUCCAGCUGGUACGAAGUUGUCUGGCAUAGCUAUCGAAUAGUUGGACCUUAUUGCAAACGCCAGCAAGAUCGUUGUGUCGUAGCCCUCCGUGAGCACGGGUUGGUUAAAAGGCCUCGAGACGAUCGGCCAGCACAACAUUAAUGCAUGACCCAGCUCAACCCCCGCCUGACAAAAGCCAUGAAGACGAAUGUGUCAUGCCGGCGAGUCGCACCCUUCUCGUUGUCACUCGGGACCCAGUGAUCGCCCUGCCUUGGCCGUAGUCAGAGUCAGAUCCAUAUGACCCUACCUUCGAUUUGUCGCGGUGUUUCGCUUUCACCAGUGAAGUUAGAGCUGGCGUCGCGGCGUUCGCGUGCCUUCCUUCGGAAAUGCUGGGAGCGG